AUGACAGUCCAAGAGAGUAUCCAAAAUGAGAAGGAUCUCACCUCCAAUUCAUCUUUGAAAGACAUUUUCAAUUUCCAGAUCAACUUGCCCAACAAAGGCUCAGUUGCCAGAGAUCAUCUAGCGAAUGAACGAACAUUUCUCUCAUGGAUAAGAACGUCGCUUGUCUUUGUCACGUUCGGCAUUGGAUUCAUGCAAUUUUAUCGCUUAGAAGAGAAAUCUCAAUGUCCUCAAAUUUCACAACCCUUACGACAUCCAUCAUCAUCAAGUUCUAGCUCAUCAACAGCGUUGUUCAAUCACAACAUAUCCGGCACUGUUAUCGCUCUAUGUCGACCCAUUGGUGGAAUGUGCAUCAUUUUGGGUAUCUUGACCAUCUUGUUUGGUAUAUAUCGAUAUUUUACAGUCCAACGAGCAUUGAUAAAGCAAGAGUUUCCCGUGACAAGGUUGACUGUUGUUGUUCUACUCUUGAUCAAUUUGAGUAUAUUGAUUCUACUUUUGGUUCUAAAUUUCAAGAUAAGUCUAUGA